AUGGCAACAAACGACCUCAUGACGCCCGUUCCCGGCGUCGAUCCAACCAAAGGCGGCUAUUAUAUCUGGCGCUAUCUGCCAAACCAAGGCGCAUCCGUCGUCUUCCUUCUCCUCUUCCUUGCCUCAUUCAUCUUCAUGUGCUGGAAAAUCUGGAAGACCAGGGUCCGCUUCUGCAUUGUCUUCGCAAUUGGAUGCUUAUUCGAGUUUAUUGGCUUUGCAGCCCGUACAGCCGCACACAACAAGACCGGUCGAAUCAUGCCAUACGCCAUUCAAAGCAUGUAUAUUCUUGUCGCCCCGGCCCUCUUCGCCGCCUCUAUCUACAUGACACUCAGCAGGAUCAUCUUGGGUGUUCAAGGCAGCAAAUAUUCCCUUAUCAAGCCAAGCAGGGUAACAGCAAUAUUCGUUGGUGGAGACAUCGCCACGUUUAUGAUCCAGGGAGGCGGCGCAGGGUUGAUGGUGGUCCAAAAAGCUGGUUUUGCCACUUGGGGUGAGAGGAUCAUUCUAACUGGCCUCGUCAUUCAGGUCGUUUUGUUUGGCUUCUUCAUGUUUGUUGCUCUUAUCUUCCAUCGAAGGAUGAGGCAGGCACCGACGCCCCGUUCCCUCGAUUCUACCAUUCCUUGGGAGCAAACCCUGAUCAUGCUCUAUGCCGUGAGCGCUCUGAUUAUGGUUCGGUCUAUUUUCAGGGUAAUUGAGUAUGCGCAGGGGCAGACGGGCUAUUCUCUCUCUCAUGAGUGGACUUUAUAUAUAUUCGACGCUCUUCCUAUGUUUAUCGUCACAAUUUUAUACGGAUGGAGAUUCCCCAGUGAACUCAAGCCGAAGGAAAUUGAGUUUCACGAGGUUUGA